UAUUUUUCAGUACGACAAAGAUUCCCACUCGGAAUGUUUUAUUAAUCUUAUAUUAUACAAUUUGUUCUCUCUCUUUCUCUCUCUCUGUCUAGUCUCUACCAUAAAGCAAAUGUGAUCAGAGACAAGCAUACAAAGAAGUUCCCCAUUCAAAAAAGAUUUCUCAGCCAUCAAAUUUUUUCUUUUCUCUUCAUCCUACAAAACAAAAACAAAAAGAUAGUUUUUUUCUUCCAAAUACAGAAGUCAAUUAAGAAAAAGAAAUAUCAGUUUUUGUUUUGGCUGAUCUGAGGAAGUUCAUCUAUGGAUACAGCUCAUUGGCCACAGGAGAUUGUGGUGAAGCCCUUGGAAGAAAUAGUAACAAACACAUGCCCAAAGCCGCAACCACAACCGCUUCAGCCGCAGCAGCCACCAACGGCUGGGGCCAUGGGUGGAGAGAGGAAGGCAAGGCCAGAAAAGGACCAAGCUGUAAACUGUCCGAGAUGUAACUCAACCAACACAAAGUUUUGUUACUACAACAAUUAUAGUUUGACGCAGCCAAGAUACUUCUGUAAAGGUUGUAGAAGGUAUUGGACCGAAGGUGGUUCGCUUAGGAACAUUCCUGUCGGCGGUGGCUCAAGAAAGAACAAGAGAUCUCACUCAUCUUCAAUUUCUUCUUCUUCUGAUAUUAGUAACAAUCACUCGGGUUCUACACAACCAGCUACAAAGAAGCAUCUCUCUGAUCAUCACCACCACCUCAUGAGCAUCUCUCAACAAGGUUUGACCGGUCAAAACCCUAAAUACCUUGAGACGGCCCAACAAGAUCUCAAUUUAGGUUUUCCACCACAUGGGAUGAUCAGAACCAACUUCACUGACCUCAUUCACAACAUUGGGAACAGCAGCAACAACACCAACAAGAGCCACAACAACAACAAUCCAUUGCUUGUUUCUUCAUGUUCUGCCAUGGCAACUUCUUCUCUGGAUCUCAUAAGAAACAACAGUAAUAAUGGGAAUUCUUCAAGUUCUUCAUUUAUGGGAUUUCCAGUUCAUAAUCAAGAUCCAACAUCCGGAGGGUUUUCAAUGCAAGAUCAUUACAAGCCUUGCAACACGAACACAACACUGCUAGGGUUUUCAUUAGAUCAUCAUCAUAAUAACGGAUUCCAUGGAGGGUUUCAAGGAGGUGAAGGAGGAGGAGAAGGUGGCGACGAUGAUGUGAAUGGAAGGCACUUGUUUCCUUUUGAGGAUUUGAAAUUGCCAGUUUCUUCUUCAUCAGCAUCAGUCAGUGUCGACAUUAAUGAUCAUCAGAAGCGAGGAAGUAGUGGUGGUGAUGCAGCCGCUACAUCUGGUGGGUAUUGGACUGGGAUGUUGAGUGGGGGAUCAUGGUGCUAAUUUCUCGGCUUGAUUGAUGAAGUUAGUACUAUUAAUGGUUAAUUAUUGCUAUUUAUUUAAUUAAUCAAUAUGUUCUUAGUUUCCCUUUCAAUUUUCUUAUUGGUGGGUUUUUUUUUUCUUUCUUAACUUGGAUUUAAGGGUAUUAUUGGGGGUGCAUGCAUAUUGAAUGACUUUAAUUUGUUUUGAAUUUUGUUAUUGCUAACACAGAUUAUAAAUGAUACAUUGGUUGGUCUUUUGAUGUUC